AUGCCAAGAGAAAUAAUAACAAUCCAAGCAGGCCAAUGCGGCAACAACGCCGGGACUGCAGUCGGCAGCCAAUUCUGGCAGCAGCUUUGCCUCGAGCAUGGAAUCAACCAGGACGGUAAUCUAGAGGAGUUUGCGACCGAGGGCGGCGACCGCAAGGAUGUCUUUUUCUACCAGAGUGACGAUACACGAUAUAUCCCUCGAGCCAUUCUUCUCGACCUCGAACCGAGGGUCAUUAAUGGCAUCCAAGCCGGACCCUACAGAAACAUCUACAACCCUGAAAACUUCUUCAUUGAUCCGCGAGGAAGUGGAGCGGGAAAUAACUGGGCGUCUGGAUAUGCGCAGGGUGAUCAAGUACAGGAAGAAAUUUUUGAUAUGAUUGAUCGCGAGGCUGAUGGGAGUGACUCUCUCGAGGUGGGUGCAUCCAUCCCUCCCUUGAUGAAGAAGGGAUUUAUGCUUCUUCACUCCAUAGCUGGAGGUACCGGCUCGGGUCUCGGAAGCUACAUGCUCGAACGCAUGAAUGAUCGAUUCCCGAAGAAGCUUAUACACACCUACUCUGUAUUCCCGGAUGUAGGGGACGUUGUCGUGAACCCAUACAACAGUCUUUUGACUAUGCGCCGCCUGACACAGAAUGCCGACUCGGUGGUUGUGCUUGACAAUGGCGCGCUGUCGAGAAUCAUUGCCGACAGGAUGCACGUUGCAGAGCCCUCGUUCCAGCAAACGAAUCAAUUGGUGUCGACGGUCAUGUCAGCAUCUACCACCACCCUCCGAUAUCCCGGUUACAUGCACAACGACCUCGUCGGCAUCAUCGCCUCCUUAAUUCCUACUCCCCGUUCGCAUUUCCUAGUUACCUCCUACACCCCAUUCACCAGCGACAACAUCGAGCAAGCCAAAUCGGUGCGCAAGACCACCGUGCUCGACGUCAUGCGCCGACUCCUCCAACCCAAGAACCGCAUGGUAUCCGUCACGCCGAGCAAGUCCAGCUGCUACAUCAGCAUCCUAAACAUCAUCCAGGGCGAAGCCGAUCCAACAGAUGUGCACAAAUCACUCUUGCGAAUCCGUGAACGCCGUCUUGCGUCGUUUAUUCCCUGGGGUCCGGCGAGUAUCCAGGUGGCAUUGACUAAGAAAUCGCCGUAUAUACAACACACCCAUCGCGUCAGUGGGCUGAUGCUUGCGAACCACACAUCUGUCGCAACGCUGUUCAAACGAAUUGUGCAGCAAUACGACCGACUGCGAAAGCGGAACGCCUUUCUGGAUCAGUACAAAAAGGAAGCGCCGUUUGCUGACGGGUUGGGCGAGUUUGAUGAAGCCAAAUCCGUCGUGGUGGAUUUGAUUAAGGAGUACGAGGCAGCUGAGAAGGAGAAUUAUUUGGAUCCGGAUGCCGUUCCACAAAAGGACGCAGCUGCGUGA